AUGUCUCUUACUCUCAGCAAUGUCACGGCACCUACUGAGCAAGUGAAGCUUGUCGUCAAUUCUGUGCAAUUAUACUUCGAAACUCAAUGUUUUGGUAACGGAGAAUUGCACAUUUCCGAAGCGAAUAUUGUAUGGAUUUCGAACUUGGAUAAAUCGAAAGGAAUCUCGAUCCCUUAUCGUUCUGUGGUACUACACGCCGUCUCCACCGAGUGUACUGACUUCCCACAAGAGCACGUCUACGUCUUGGUCGACGGAAGAAAAACAGAUAGAAGGCGGAGGUGUGCACCUGUUUUUUUCACACAAGAAGAAGCUCAAACACAAGAAGAUCUUCAUGUUGAACUUGCGGAGAUCAACGAUGAGUCUGAUGAUGAAUCUGGGGAUAGUCAUGAAUUGAGACUAGUUCCGGACGACAAAGAAAAAAUCUCGGAAAUAUAUCAUAAUAUUAUGAUUUGCCAGGAAUUAAAUCCAGAAGAAGACGAAAGCUUCUCAGAGGAUGAUGAUAUGGAAGAAAACAUGGAUUACGAUAAUGCAGGUGACAACGCUGAAAAUGGAAAUGAAUAUGGUCGCUGGUACACUGCUGAAAAUAUGGAAGAUGUUGAGUUGAGUGAGGAGGGACUUGCCAAUCUUCAGCGCAUCAUGGGAAACAAUCAAAACGGACACAAUGAUUCGGAAAUGCAAUAA